CCUUAGCUCACCAAAGAAACAAAUCAUUCAAUAAUCCAAAUUAAUUAAGAUGAUAUGACCCUAAUUUAGGUACUGUUACCCUUAAUUAAGUAUUAGGGAGGGGUUUACUCAAAUUUUACCCAUUCUCCACUUUCUCUUCUAUCAUCUUCUGAAAUCCCUCUUUUUCCACUAAUCUUUGCAACAGAUUACCCCUCUCUCAUAAACUCCGUAACGGGGUUUUCCAUUUAAACGCCGUCACUUCGCCCCUAAAAACCGUUUUUUCGAGUCACGUGCCUUUUUUAUUUCCUUUGUAAAUUAAUCCAUUUUUCGCAUUUAAUUUAAUUAUUAUGCCUUUACAGCGCCAACUUAACUUAACCUCUUUAAAAGCCGUUGACGGCGAUACUUCUAACGGCGUUGAUGCCGCCCGUCCAACCUCCGUCGACGGCGGGGAUGACGGUGGGAAAACCCCCAGGCUGCCUCGUUGGACUCGGCAGGAAAUUCUGGUUCUCAUCCAAGGCAAGAAAGUGGCGGAGAAUCGGGUGAGGAGAGGAAGGACAGCCGGCAUGGCGUUUGGUUCGGGUCAGGUUGAACCGAAAUGGGCAUCGGUUUCGUCGUAUUGCAAAAGACAUGGAGUGAACCGUGGACCGGUUCAGUGUCGGAAAAGAUGGAGCAAUUUAGCAGGUGAUUAUAAGAAGAUUAAAGAAUGGGAAAAUCAGAUACGCGAUGAAACGGAAUCGUUUUGGCUUAUGAGGAAUGAUUUGAGAAGGGAGAGAAAAUUGCCUGGUUUUUUUGAUAGGGAAGUUUAUGAUAUUUUGGACGGAGCAGACGGCGUUAAUGCAGCGGCGCCAACGCCAGCACUCGCUUUAGCAUUAGCUCCGGCGUCAAAUACGGAGGAGGACACGGAGGUUGUUUUUGAUAGCGGGAGGACUGCUGCUGCGGAAGAUGGAUUGUUUUCGGAUUUUGAGCAGGAGGAGGCCAGUGGCAGCCCGGAAAAGGAGAGCACGGUAGCUAAGGAGAUUCCGCUGAUAAAAACUGCACCGGCAACGGUGGGGAUUGCUGCUCCUACACCAAUUUCAGAGAAGCAAUACCAACCAUCUCCUCUAACGGAUCAACAUCAAGGUACACCGAAUGAGAAACAGACGCCUUCAAAUCCCGAGAUGGGUUCUACUUCGCAUGAAACUCGGAAACGGAAACGGUUUGAAUCAAUGGAUGGGGAAGAAGAAACAACUCAUAUCCAGAAUCAGUUGAUUGGUGUCUUGGAAAGGAAUGGGAAGAUGCUGUCUGCUCAACUUGAAGCACAGAACAGCAAUUCUCAGUUGGAUCGAGAGCAGCGGAAAAACCAUGCAGAUAGCAUGGUUGCUGUUCUAAAUAAGCUUGCUGACGCUCUCGGAAAAAUUGCUGAUAAGCUGUAGCGAAAGGCAAAUAUAAAGACUGUACAUAAUGAAGCUCCUCUGCGAGUCCUAUAUUAAGGUAGUUGAGAUUGAAGUAUUGGUGAAUUAAUUUUGAAGAUUCUUCUAGGCUUUCCCAUCUUUUUCUUCUUUAGAUGCUGUCUUUUACAUUUUGCCACUUCUGUGGCCUAGACUGCUUUAGGGUCCAUACACACAGAAAUAAGCUCAUAGAUUAUAGGGUAUAUACCACAAUUCUGCUUCUUUAAUUUAUCUUGAGAGUUUAUAAGGAUGUUAAUUUUCUAUUGAUAUUUGAGACAUUUGUACAGGUCACUGAUUAUUACUUUCUUGUAAUUAUAUACAUUGUGAAUUGGUUUUGUUGGCUUGAAAGUACAGUCAUGGACAUGUAAAUGUUGAGAUAAA